AUGACUUUCUUGUUCCCGACGAAGAUCAAGUGGCCCGUCGAGCCUAGCAUUGAGAAUAAUGGCAAUCGGUUCGACCAACUUGUUUUAGGACUAAAGAAAGCCCUUGGCCCAUCGUCAGGGCUAGAUUCAGCUGAUGUUAACGUCAUGGAGCUGAUGAAGCUGAUGGAGGAGUACAAUACACAGGAGAACGAAUGGCUAAAGUUUGCGUUUGCAGACAAAUGCAUGGAGUAUACCCGCAACCUUGUUGACGAGGGUAACGGUAAAAGCAACCUGCUUGUACUUGUCUGGACUCCAGGCAAAGGCAGUCCAGUCCACGACCACGGCAACGCCCACUGCCUAAUGAAAAUCCUCAAGGGCAACCUGACUGAGAUCCAAUACGCCUUCCCAUCAGGUGACAAAGAGCAACCGAUGAGAGUAAUAUCUGAAAACACACACAAAGAGAAUGCAGUAGCAUAUAUGGCAGAUGAACUCGGUGUCCAUCGAAUCUGCAACAGAGGCCAAGACUUCGCUGUCUCCCUUCAUCUCUAUACUCCUCCCAACGUAAACAAGAGGGGGCAUAGAAUUUUUGACAAGAAGACUGGCAAGAGCAGUCAUGUAGGUGAUAGCUACUACUCAGUAUACGGCCGCCAACUGCCAAAGGAGUAG